AUGGUCUUUUCCCAAACAUCUCCCUUUAAACCAGUGAAGGGACACCAACCAAACACCACUGCCUGCCCACAAAACCACACACAUACACAGUCAGCCACAGCAACCAGGUGAGAGAAAGAGGAGCGAGGAGAUCCGUUCACAAAUCCACAAGUAGAGGCAGGUUGUCCUCUCUCUCUCUCUCUCUCUCUCUCUCUCUCUCUCUCUCUCUCUCUCCUUGCAGCCCCCAUGAGGCCAUGGCCAAUAUAUAUAACUAGGACUAGGUGAGGUGAGAGCUUGACUCCUUCAGAGAACAAGGCGAGGGAGAGGGACACCACCACCAAGUACGGACUUAGAUUGGGGGCAGCAAAGGGGACGCAUCCCAUUUGCCUGGGCAAAUCUCCUGUUCCUCCGUUCCGCUCCAUCUCUCUCUGCACGUCUCCUCUCGUGCGAGCAAGAAAGCAAGCUAGCCUUGUUGGGGACAAUGAUGGCCUGCGGGUCUCGAAGUCGGAGCAACGAGAUGGUCGACGAGUUCGAGAAGCUGGUCAUCCGGAUGAACCCUCCAAGGGUCACCGUGGACAACGACUCCGACAUGACUGCCACCUUGGUGAAGGUGGACAGCGCGAACAAGUAUGGGACCUUGCUGGAGGUGGUUCAGGUGCUGACCGAUCUGAAGCUGACCAUCAAGAGGGGCUACAUUUCCUCCGACGGCGAGUGGUUCAUGGAUGUGUUCCAUGUCGUGGAUCAGGAUGGGAAUAAACUUUAUGACGGCCAAGUCAUCGACAGAAUUGAACAGUCCCUGGGAGCGGGAUCGCUGAGCUUCCGGGCGGCGCCGGAGCGGUCGGUGGGCGUGGAGGCGGAGGCGGAGGAGGAGCAGACCACCAUCGAGCUGAUCGGCACCGACCGGCCGGGCCUGCUGUCGGAGGUGUUCGCGGUGCUCACGGACCUCAAGUGCAACAUCGUGGCGUCGGAGGUGUGGACCCACGACGCCCGCGUGGCGGCGCUGGUGCGCGUGACGGACGCCGACGCCGGCGGCCCCGUCGCUGACCCCGGCCGCCUCGACACCGUGAGGCGCCUCCUCCGCCACGUCCUCCGCGGGAGCAGCCGCGACAGGGCGGCUGCCCGCGCCGCCAUCUCGGCGCGCGCCGCGCACGCGCAGCGCCGGCUCCACCAGAUGAUGCACGCGGACAGGCGCCGCGGCGGCGGCGGCGAGGACGCCGGCGGCUGCUUCGAGGGCGCCGGCGCCGGCGGCUCCGACGACGACGGCGACGGCUACGGCGGCGCUGCGCCGCGCGGCGGCUCCGGGCGGCCGGUGGUGGAGGUGGAGGACUGCGCCGAGCGCGGGUACACGCUCGUCAACGUGCGGUGCCGCGACCGGCCCAAGCUGCUGUUCGACACGGUGUGCACGCUCACCGACAUGCAGUACGUUGUCUUCCACGGCACCGUCAUCGCCGAGGGCUCCGAGGCCUACCAGGAGUACUACAUCCGGCACCUCGGCGACAGCGCCGGCAGCUCCGGCGAGGACCGCGACCGCCUCCGCCGCGCCCUCGAGGCCGCGAUCGAGCGGCGCUACACCGAGGGCUUGAGGCUGGAGCUGUGCUGCGAGGACCGCGUCGGGCUGCUGUCGGACGUGACGCGCAUCUUCCGGGAGCACGGGCUGUCGGUGACGCACGCCGAGGUGGAGACCCGCGGGGCGCGGGCGGCCAACGUGUUCUACGUGGUGGACGCGUCGGGGCAGCCCGUGCAGGUGCAGGCCGUGGAGGCCGUGCGCGCCGAGAUCGGCGAGCACGUCCUGUCCGUCCGAGAGCCGCCGGCGGACACCGGCGGGCCCAGGUCGCCCGUCGGCGCCGGCGCCGGGCGCCGCUCGCUCGGGAACAUGAUCCGCUCCCGCUCCGAGAAGUUCCUCUACAACCUCGGCCUCAUCCGCUCCUGCUCGUAGCCGCCGGCCGCCGGCCGCCGCCGCCGCAGCUCGGCCAACUAAUCAGCGGACUCCAUCCAGUUCAGGGCAAUGCUCGUCACUAGGCUGCUAGCUAAGCUAGGAUCUAGUCAUCCCCCGAUCAUCCUUGCUUCGUUUUCUUUCGUCCAUCCUUGCGUGAUUGCGAUCUGCGGCUUCGAUCCCCGAGUCAAGAAAUGCGUUCUGAGAUGCAACAGUGCAGUGCGCGCGCGCUCGGCGCUCGCCACGAAGAAACGUGGAGCAACAGCGGCUCGAUCGGAGCAGCAGGGUACGGACGGCAUAUGGAACAGUAGAGUAGAGCGAGGCCGGUCUCGGUCAAAGCGAGCGAAGAGAAGGAAAGAUACCAGCGGCCAGCUCUUCGAGUUCCGGAGGAACAGGAGAUGGGGCGGCCAGUGAGGGGAGGACAGGCAUGGGGGCUCGGCCGCCGCGGCAUCCCCGGCGCUCGCGUAGGGGGCGGCCAUGUGAACAUGUGAUCCCUUAUUAAUAAUCAUCGGAACAGUCCGGGCCUUCAGCU